CUCAAACACCGAGAGAAUCUAAUCAUCUAUUUUACAUAUAAAAGCAAAGCUUCGGGAACAUUUUCUCACAGCGUCUCUCUUUGGGUCAGUCAUGGGGAAGACCGGGGGAAGCUCCAUCCCCGGUUCAUGGUUCACCGCACUGAAACGUGCCUUGAUCUCUCCAACUAAACAGAACCCGAAAAGGAUCACGAGGGGACGAGACAAUCUCGAUCCCGAAGAAGAACGACAAGACAAGGGUAGAGGGAAGAGGAGGUGGGCGUUCCUGAAGGAAGCCACGAAUCAGGAACCGGCAGCCUGUCAGGAGAGAACCAUAAGGACCAGGGCGGAAGCCAUGGCGAAAGCCGGUUCUGAUGCCAUUGUGAUGGCAAUAGCGACCACUGCAGCUGCUGAGGCUGCGGUUGCAACUGCAAAAGCAGCUCUGGAAGCGCUUCCGCUCGCCUGCGGGCGACCCUCCCCAUCCAUGCUGGAGCACCGCUCCGCCAUCAUCAUUCAAGCAGUCUUUAGAGGAUACCUGGCAAGGAAGGCUCUGAGGGCACUGAAAGGACUGGUGUGUCUGCAAGCACUAAUAAGAGGUCACAAUGUUCGGAAAAGAGCAGAGAUGACUCUCCGGUGCAUCCAGGCAUUGGUCCGUGUACAGGCCCAGGCGUGUGAUCAGCGCAGGAACCGGCUCAAUGACGAGGAUAAAGUAAAAUCAGUUCUUUCUCAGUCCUCAGAUUACCUGAGGAGCUCGAUUCCGGAAUACUGGAAUGGUGAGGCACGAGAAGAGGAACUAUGUGAAAAGGAGAUAAAAGCCAUAUGUUCAGAUAAGAGAAAAGAAGCUGCUCUUGAGCAGGAAAUCUCCCUUGCUUCUGCUUUCUCUCGGCAGGUAUGGCGUAGGGAUGAGGAUUCAGCUGACCAGUGGCUGGCAAGGAAGUUGAGGGACAGCCCAAGAAGGACCUCCUUUGACCAGAGGGACCCCAUUAAGACCAUUGAGAUUGACACCUGCGGGCCUUACUCAGCCUCUGAUGAUCCAAUCCUACUGUUAAAAAGGAUGCCCCAGCAAGCCAAUUCGUCCAGCCUGAGGUGCCCAAGGAACCGUCUCGAGGUGCCUAGUGCCCCAAUGCCCAGUUAUAUGUGUGCAACCGAGUCUGCCAGGGCUCGACUCCGAUCGCAGAGCGCCCCCAGGCAGAGGGCUUCAACUCCCGAGAGGGAGAGGACGUUACCAUCAAGGAAACAACUGUCUUUCCCGGCUCCCGAACAGUGCGGGCACACCAAUUACCCCUCUAAUCAGGAUCUUAAGAAGAGCAUGGGCAAUAAGGCAAUUCCAGGACGCUCUCUAGGGGAUGUUUGGGCACCUCGUUACUGAACGCGGUAUAGCAGAAAUUUCGGGGUUUAAAAUUUGAACAUGGGCAAAUCAAUCGACCCUCUUACAGCAAAUGGUCCCAAGUCACUCCUGACCAUGAAAAGCUCAGCUUUAGGUCCUAUCAUGGAAGAUUUUCUGCCAGAGUUUUGGUAGUUUGUUUAUGUCCCAGCACAUGUUCGGUAGCAACUGUCUCCACAUACUUGUCUUCUGUCCGAUAUUAUGGCGUAGAGAAACGCAUGUACCGUGUAACAGCACAAUCACAUGUUUCUUCCUCGCUCUUUUAGGUUAGUUCAAGAAUUGCAGGUCGGCCAUAACAGAAUUUGA